AUGGACUCUGUGGAGUGGAAGUAUUCGCUUGCCUUCCGCGUGAACACGAAGCCGGUCAAGUGCACCCGGUGCUACAACGGGGACGGUGACCUGGAGGUCGAUAAGGCACAACGUGCGGCCGGGUGGCGCACGUUCGGGUGGUUCUACUUGGACAACCGCAGGGCCGAACAUAGCAGGUGCGCGGUGACCGGCGCAGACUUGCAGGCCGUCCACGACGCGCUCUUCGGUCCCGAUAACCAGGGCAGAGACGAUGAGAAAGACGAAGGCGCGGAGAAAGAGGAAGCGGACGAGGACGAUGACACGCUUGGCUCGGGAAUCGGACUGCGGGAGACGGCGCUGCUCAUGCUCGUAUCGCGAGUACGCGGCGAGGGGGGAAGGCGUCCAGGGGAUGUCUAA